GCGAGGGGGGAGUUGAGUAGUUGUGUUGAGACUUGAUGCAUGGACAUGAUGGAGGAAUAAUUCCUUAGUUCAAUCAUCCUACCUCCAUGGUUCAAUAAGUCUGUUUCAUGGUUGAUGCGGGGAUGAAGCCCGGAGGUCCAGUGACUUUGUUUUGUAACAUUUGGCACAGUCUCACGCAAACCUGGGAAAUGAAUUUUAGAUUAAUUUCAUUUUCACAGAAAUGAUCCAUGUGACCGUGAGCACUGAGAAUCUCCAUCUUCUGUGAGCUGGGAGAGCAUCUUUGGUUGCCAUGGAGACCGAUGAGACGGCCCUUGAGCUCAUGACAGAUGGUUCAUCUUGGAGCGGGUUCGGCCGAGGUGAUCCCAACGAUGUCGAAUCAGCGGCCUUGCUGAAUCGGGGCAGUGCCGACGAUUACAGUCAGUGGAUGCGUCCAGCCGUCCGGUGGCAGACUCUCUCCCGACAACGAAGCGAACGCUGCAUGGGGCUGCUAACCGUCUCCUGCCUGUUGCUGCUGGCUCUGGUGGUAGCCACAGUGGGCUAUGUCUGCAACAGACCACACUCAACGGCAUGCACAGAGCCGCGAUGCAUCCAGGCCACGGCCAACAUUCUCAGGGUCAUGGACCUGGAGGCCGACCCCUGUCAGGAUUUCUAUCAGUACGCUUGCGGCAAGUACGCAGAGGUGACCGAUAUCCCCGAGGAUAAAUCUAAAUGGAGCUACUUUGGGAAUGCGGUGCUGCACAAUAAGAAGCUCAUGAGGAAGCUUUUAGAACAAGAUGGUUACAACUUCAGAGGGGUGCACAGCGAAGCGUUGUUUAAAGUCAAGAGCUACUACCGUGCAUGUAUGAACGAGAGUCUUUCAGAGAUUGCCAGGGCAGGACCAUUAUUACAGUUCAUAGAAUCGCUCGGCGGCUGGACGUUAUUAGACAACAACAACACGACGGUUUCAAACUGGAAUGAGGCCUCAUGGAGCCUAAAGGAGACGCUAGUUAGGCUUCACAAGAUGAGACUGUCUGUGCUGUUCACAAUGGCCAUUGGUGCUGACGACAGGAACUCCACCGAAAAUAUCCUGCAGUUUUACCAGUCUGGCCUCGGACUCUCUGCACCAGAGAUUUAUGAAAGCAAUGAUACGAAAAUUGUGGAUGCCUACACUGAACUGGGUGCCACUGUGGUGACCCUGCUCAGGCUGAAUGGGUCGCCAGAGGUCUUGGAGCACGCUCAGAUGAAACAAGAGGCCAGGCGGAGGAUAGAGGAGAUCGUGGAAUUUGAGAGGACACUUAGCAAGUUGUUUGUGCCAAAGAACAAACUGCGAGAUCCGGUAGCCAUCUACAAUCGAAUGCCCUUACAGGAACUUAUAGACAUGAUCCCCACAGUGGACCUCAAGGCUUACAUGGAGGAAACCCUUGGGCGGAAAGUCAACAAUUCCUUAGAGGUGGUGGUCUACACGCCGAGCUACUUCCGCAGGCUGAACCAGCUCCUGAUGGAAACCCCAGCAAGGCUUCUGGCGGACUAUACCAUGUGGUACGCAGUCCAGCCGUUUCUGAAGUAUCUAUCCCAGCCCUUCCAGAGCGCCGUCUCAGAAUUCAAGAGGGUCAUCCGAGGGGUCACGGCCCAACCCCCGCUCUGGGAGCGCUGCAUGUCCAAAGUCGACAACACCUUCGGUUUUGUGACGGGGGCGCUGUACGCCGAAGAGAAAGACUCGGAAGUGACUAAGAAGAAGGCCGUGGGUUUGAUUGAGGAUAUCCGGGAGGCAUUCCUACAGAAUCUGCCCCUGGUGGAGUGGAUGGACGAUAAGACUAGAGCCAGAGCUGAGGAGAAAGCACGAGCCGUCAAAGACAAGAUUGGCUUCCCAGAUUGGAUCUUGGAUCCGGUUAAGCUGGAUGAGUUCUACGAAGGGAUGAAUAUUUCAACUGAAAGUAAGUUUGACAACAUGGUCAACAUUCUGAGGUUUUUCCAACGCAAAGCUAUGGAGGAUUUUGGGACUCCUGUCGACAAAACGAGAUGGAGCAUGGCCCCGGCCGAGGUCAAUGCAUACUACAGUGCCUCCUUGAACCAAAUGGUCUUCCCUUCAGGAAUUCUGCAGGCGCCGUUUUUCAACAACGACGUGCCAAUGUCCAUGAAUUUCGGAGCCAUCGGCAUGAUCAUGGGCCACGAGUUGACCCACGGCUUCGACGACAAAGGCCGCAAGUUUGACAAGUUUGGCAACCUGGAUGACUGGUGGGAGAACAAAUCGGCCUCGGCCUACGUAGAGAGGGCCAACUGCAUGGAGAAACAGUACUCCGGCUAUGAGGAGCAUGGGCUCAAUCUGGACGGCCAUUUUACCCUGGGUGAGAACAUUGCCGACAACGGCGGGCUAAAGCUCGCCUACAUGGCCUACCAGAACUGGCGUAAGGACAACCCAGAGGACCUGCAGCUCCCACUCAAUCUGACCUUCACUCAGGAAUUCUUCCUGGGCAUGGCCCAGGUCUGGUGCAGCUACCAAACGCCUGAACACGCCCGACUCGUGAUCUACACAGAUACGCACGCCAGCGAUAAAUUCAGGGUCAUUGGCGCCAUGUCCAAUACGCCGGAGUUUAGUGAAGCUUUCGACUGUCCUAUCGGGAGCCCCAUGAACCCGGAGAACAAGUGUCGUGUGUGGUGAUCAUCCUACCAAAAGAAAAUCAAAUUAUGGUAGAUUGCAGUACUUACUUAGUACUUACUUUCCGUCACAAUCAAAAGUGAAGUUUUUGCGAUAACAAGUUUGUGGUCAACAUAAGAUAAGAUUUAAAGGUAGAGUAGAUUAUUUGUCAUUUGUGCAUUUGUUUCGUUUGAAGCAUCAAAAGUGCUCAAAGUUUGA